UGUAGAUAUGGCGAUGAGACCUGCAAGAGGUGGGGUGGGACCUUCUAUUCGUCCUCGUCUGAGGCCUGUUGUCCAAAAUUUUUACGAAGAUUUUAAACCCAUGUCGGAAUGGCGGCAAGAUGAAGAGUCAGAUAUUUUGUUGCUUUUUCUUCCAGGUUUUAUGAAUCAGCACCUUAAGGUUUCAACUGAAGACAGAAAUAUUGUCAGAGUCCUUGGGGAACGAUUAGUUGCCGGGAACAAAUGGAGCCGAUUCCAAGAAGAUUAUCAAGUUCCAGAUCGUUGUAAUAUCAGGGCUAUUCGUGCAAAGUUUGACGGAGGAAUUUUAACGAUGACAAUGCCCUGGAGGAAAGACGCAGCAGCCAAAGCAACUCCUCCAAAAGCUACAUCUGGCCUGGACAGCACUACUGAUCAAAUGCAACAGAUCAGUCCUCCAAAAGCACCAAUCGAGCCAAGUUCAAAAAAAAGUGCUGAUGAAAUCCCUCCAAAAGUAAUCGAUCCACCAUCCAGGCCUCAGAAGGCUGCAGCUGAAAUUCAUCCAAAAGUACUCGAUCCACCAUCCAGGCCUCAGACGGCUGCUGCUGAAAUUCGUCCAAAAGGACUCGAUCAACCAUCCAAGCCUCAGAAGGCUGCUGCUGAAAUUCAUCCAAAAGGACUCGAUUCACCAUCCAGGCCUCAGAAGGCUAUUGAUGAAAUUCAACCAAAAGUACUCGCUCCACCAUCAGUUACAGCUGACAAAGGAAGCAAAGAUAUUGAUGAGAAACUGUUGAGCCAACCACAAACUCAAAAGGGUCGUCAAGAUGAACAAGCUAGAAGCCCAGGGGCAAUAAAGACCGUGACAACAUCAAUGACAAUUUCUAGUGAUGAUGAUGAAAAGAAGGAGACGAUCACCCCUAAAACCAACGCCAAGCCAAUGAAACCUGAAUAUAUUGAGAAUUUGAAAGAAGUGAGUGAUGGUAAAAGAAGUUCUGAGAAGAGUAAGGAACCUUUAGAUACACUAGCCGGAAAUCUCACAAGGAAAAUUAUUGAGGAGAAAGAGAAGCAAAGCCAGACUGCAGUUGCUUCGAGCAGCAAGGAUUAUGGACUGGGAAAUUUCAAGAAAGCAGUUACAAGCCUUGCUGAGCCAAACGAGGAGAGACAAUUGUUGGUAAACAUUGUUGUUGCAGUGCUGGUUAUAGUGGCAGUAGGGGCACACAUUGCCUCUAGAAUUGGAUCAGAAGAAGCUUAACAGUUUCCAGGUGUCUUAAGUUUGUCUUCAGUGUAUAUGAAAUAGUACAAUGUACAGAACUGCAAAUAUAAUUGGACAGAUGGUCCAAGUGGCAAAUUUACGUAAUCAAUUGG